CACCGCGUUUACAUGCACAACGUGACCAUCUUCGGUUCCACGGAGGCGUCCACAUGCGACGCGUCCAUCGAGUGCCGCGCCUACGGUAGAGAUGAAUCUAUCGACGACAACGUGGGCGCCACAUGCAACUCCGUGGUGGGGUCAACGUUCAGGCGGGUCGGCUUCCUCUCGCACUUGGUGCAGAGCAUCGGGAAGACGUGCGAGUCUGGCGGCAAGAUCCCGGUGUGCCGGCCCCCGAACACCCCGCAGAAGUUGUGCGUGAUGCCGUGGGAGCACCGCCUGGGCAGCGCCGGCUCGCGGUACUCAGAAGUGGUCUGGACCGCGCCCACUUUCGGCCACUUCAGCGGCGACGACUGUGGCACGCCCUCCGUCGCGUUCACCAUCAAUCCCACGGCGAUCGACAUGUUCCAUCCGAACCGCUUCUCCAAUGUCAGCUGGCUCGGCACGGCUGCCGACGACGCCCGCAUCGACCUGGCCGAUUGGUCCAGCUGCAACGCGGACGGCACGUGUGACAAUCGCGUGGGGUGCGACGGGGCGUGCGACACGGUGUUGCAGUCGGCCCUGCUGGACAUGGACGGCAGCUUGCUGGGCACCGGGGUCGAGGGCUCGGCGGUGACGAGCCUGAACCCCGACCUCGCGACGAGCUCCUGCGAAGAGCGCCCCGGCCACUUCGCCUGCCCGGACCUCAAGCUGCGGGUGCUUUGGUGGGAGGCGCGGGGGCGCAAAAGCGAGGGUGCGGGGAGGAACUUGAGCUUCAACACUGCCAUCCCCCGCCCUUUCCCCCCGGCUCUUGUCGGCUGGCCCUUGGUCUGGUUGGCCGACCUGGAGCCUGAAAUAGAAUGCGCUUCGCUUAGGAGCAACCGCUGCUAG